AUGUCAGAUCCGAUGGUUUAUCCAAUUUUGUUUCCUAAAGGUGAAUACGGUUACGAUAUGGCGUUGCGUUAUAGAAACAAAGUCAUAACUAUAAGAGAAUUUUAUCGAUAUCGAAUACAAUUAAGACAAAAUCAAUUCUCAAUUAUUCAUCACGGCGAUAAGUUGUUUCAACAAUAUUUAGUGGAUGCGUGGUGUCGUGCCGAAGCGAACAUCUUGUGGUGGUAUCGAAAUAAUCAACAACAAUUACGAGUGGCUGGAAAACAAGCGAUAGAUAGAAUGUUGCAGGCGAGAGCGGCCAACGAGAAUCUACGAGUGGGCAACGUCAUUAUGUUGCCGUCGAAUUUUAUUGGUGGUCCUCGCUUUCAAUCUCGCAAGUAUUUAGAUGCAAUGACAGUCGUGUCCCGCUUAGGUCCCGACUGCAUAACUGUGCAAGUAAAGGAAAACGAUGGCACUGUUAAUUGGGAUGAAAUUAGACAUUAUCUCGAUUGCAGAUAUAUCAGUGCCAUGGAAGCAUGUUGGCGAUUAUUCGAAUUCAAACUGGGCGAUUGUACGCACGCGGUCAUGGCUUUACCAGUACAUAUGCCCGAUGAUCAUCCGGUAUGUUUUGACGAUUUCGAAGAUGUCGAAGAAAUUAGACAGGCUGUCGAUAAACCAACGAAAUUGACAGCUUAUUUUAUUUUAAUCUUAAAUCAUGCCGCAGCGAGACAAUACAGAUAUUACGAAAUUCCAGAACAUUACACGUGGGAAAAUAGAGAGCAUUUCUGGCGACCAAGAGUGCAGGUAGCGAAAAUGUUCGGUUGUAUGGUGGAAGUAUCGCCGUUAGAAUUAGAAAAGUGGUGCUUACGUUUAUUGUUGUCGCAUGUGUCGGGAGCUACAUCCUUUGAAAAUUUAAGAACAGUACAAGAUAUUGAAUAUGAAACGUUUGAAAUGGCUUGUCGGGCAAGACAUUUAUUGCAUAAUAUCGAUGAAUACGAUCGAUUUUUGCAGGAAGCCUUAAUGUUUCGUACUCCGAAAGGAUUUCGAAAAUUAUUUGCAUUAAUAUGUUGCAUAGCAGCGGCAAAUGUAUUAGGUCAGAUUCCCAUAUUGUGGGAAAGACAUAGAGCCGAUUUGAUGGAGGAUUAUUUAGAACAGUAUGAUGGAGACGAAGUGGUAGCAGAGUUGAGAGCGUUAAUGGAAAUAGCCGAUGUGUUGACAAGAAACGGCAAUUUUACUUUACAACCGUUUGGUUUGCCUCCUAUCGAUCAACAACUUCUCGAAUUUCACGAAUUGCCUCCUAAUAAUCAUAAAGAGGUCGUGUUCGCCGAUUUCGCCGGCGAUGAAAGUUUGCUGAAUGAAGAAAAAAACGAAAUUUAUCGAUUGGUCAUGUCUGCGAUCAAUGAUAAAAUUGAAGGCGUCGAUGCAGAAGAUCGUGCUAAUAUGCUUUAUGUCGAUGCUCCUGGUGGCACGGGGAAAACGUUUCUUUUUAACACUAUUUUGAAAAAUCUUCGUAAUAGACUUUUCCAUACUGUUGCCGUUGCUUGGACUGGCAUUGCUGCAUCACUUUUAUUAGCAGGAAAGACAGUGCAUAGGGCGUUUAAGCUUUCGCUUAAUAUUACCGAACAUACUUUGCGAUGUGGUUUUCCAAUGUCUGAAAGUCUGAAAGGGCAGAUUAUUUAA